AUGGCGCCUUCACCAUUGAGCAUCGAAUCCUCCAUCUUGAUUAUCGGAGCUGGAACUUGGGGCUGCUCGACUGCUCUGGAUAUUGCUCGUCGAGGAUACAAGCAUGUCACUGUCCUGGAUCCUCAUCCGGUUCCUUCGCCCAUCGCGGCAGGCAAUGAUAUCAACAAGAUUAUGGAACACAAUGAGCUCAAAGAUGGGGAGCCGGAUUCCCGGAGUAUCGCCUUCGCAACGUUCACGCGAGCUGCUCUGAACGCGUGGAAGACAGACCCCGUCUUCCAACCGUUCUUCCAUGAAACUGGUGCAAUCGUAUCAGGCCACACGCCUGCUUUACUCAAGCACAUACAGGAAGACGAAAUCGAUCCUUCCGAGACCGCAUUCGUCCAACUUGAGACUGCAGAGGACUUUCGCGGCACGAUGCCCGCCGGGGUGCUCACUGGCGACUUCCCAGGCUGGAAAGGAUGGUGGCGCAAGGAUGGUGCUGGCUGGAUCCACGCCAAAAAGGCCAUGGUCUCUGCAUUCAGUGAGGCUAGGCGGCUAGGCGUUACUUUCGUCACUGGCUCUCCGGAGGGGAAUGUCGAUUCCCUAGCCUAUGAGGGCGGCGAUGUAAUCGGAGCCAGGACUGCAGAUGGCAAACUGCACAGAGCCGACUACACCAUCCUGUCAGCAGGCGCUGGAAGCGACAUGCUCCUGGAUUUCAAGAAGCAGCUUCGUCCCACCGCCUGGACGCUCUGCCAUAUCCAGAUGACCCCGGAAGAGGCCGCGCGGUACCGGAACCUCCCUGUUCUGUUUAACAUCGCCAAGGGCUUCUUCAUGGAGCCAGAUGCGGAUAACCACGAGCUCAAGAUCUGCGACGAGCAUCCGGGCUACUGCAACUUCCUCCCCGACCCAGACCGGCCAGGCGAGACGAGGAGUAUCCCAUUCGCCAAGCACCAGAUUCCGCUGGAGGCCGAAGCUCGAGCGAGAGACUUUCUCCGCGAUACGAUGCCCCAUCUGGCUGAGCGGCCCUUGUCUUUUGCCCGGAUAUGCUGGGACGCGGACACCCCGGACCGGGCGUUCUUGAUCGAUAAACACCCGGAGUAUCCUUCCUUGGUGGUUGCCGUAGGAGGCUCGGGGAAUGGUGCGAUGCAGAUGCCCACUAUUGGCGGCUUUAUCGCCGACGCACUGGAAGGGAGUUUGCAGAAAGAUUUGAAGGAUGUUGUACGCUGGAGACCGGAGACGGCGGUUGGUCGAGACUGGAGGGCAACGCAGAAUCGCUUUGGGGGACCCGGACAGAUUAUGGAUUUUCAAAACCUUGAAGAGGGACAAUGGACCAGGAUCAAGGUGUAG